AUGGAAGUGCAUAUCCACCCCCCAGAUCCAACAGACCCAGGUCAACUAGUAUUACUUUGGCAGAGAGUCAACGCGCUAGUUGAUCUUGUCAUCCCCAUUGCUCGGCCGGAUAUAGAGCUGGUCCCAAAGGGGUCAUGGCGUCCAAGAGAGCCACCAGCUCACUGGCGAGCAAACAGAGGUCUAUUUUACGAGAUGGGGGGCCUACAGGAGUCAAUCAAGCCCCUAUAUACAUACCGUCCUGACAAAGACAUUGUUAUGUUACCCUUCCUUCGUCUGGAACUAUGGGAUGAGGAUCCCGCAACAAAUGUGCCCGCGAUGUCAAACGAACAGUUCGACAGUCUUUACCGGCGCUUGAUGGGUUUAUUCACCCAAACCGGCAUCGAGCUCAGAUUAGGAAAGCUAUACACCAUGACCCAAGACACAGCCGCCCGCCGAAUUAAAGACGCACUCAUUGAAACUCAUUUAUUCAUAGAAACCAGCCUGGACGAGAUGCUGGGCACAACGGCCGAUUUCCUUCGUCUUGCUCGAUACAAAAACUGGUUCCGAGACGGGAAAAUCUGGGAAUCGCCAUAUGAGACUCAACUCCGAGACCAGUUGCAUACUAGUCCCUGGGUUAUCGAGAACACAGAUCCCUGGCUUCGUAAAUCGAAUAGGAGAUACAUUAUUCUGAUUCUACUACACCAUGCCAUACAUGCGUUCAAAUCAAGUUUAUGCGAUGGACUUGGAAUUUAUCACAAAGUCAUUUAUAUGAGAUGGGACUCGGGAAUGUGGUCGAAUGUUUUUCCCACUGGCAUUCCGCCGCUUAGCAAUGUUCACGACUGGCUUUCGAGGUUCUGGUCUGACAAGUUCCAGUUUCGGACAUUUCAUGCCUAUUUGGAUUGGUUAGGUCAAAGAGGGCGAGAUAAAACUGGCGCCGAGGAAUCCGAAUGUUCGACUAUGAACCGUUUGAGCGUGUGGGUAUAG